AUGGAAGAAGACAGGCCCAUCAUUCUGCUCUGGAGGAGAGCAUACACUAAACAGCCAAAAUUCAUUGCAAUAAUAUCAGCGGAUCAUCCAUUGUAUGCAGUAAUAAAGUAUAAUAAUAAGUUAUGGUUUGGUCAUUUUCUGGCUAUUUAUAGCUGA